AACUACGCACUUCACUGUGCAUGGACUGCGUCCUCCCCGAUUGAGGUGGCGGGAGAGGAACCGUCCAAAGUGUUAACAUCUCCGGAGGUAAUGAAGUCCAGCAAUUAUCUUUAAAACAUCUAACUUAAAAGCUUCGUUAACCAGAGGACUGUAUAUCUGGUUGCUAAUGGAAGUGGAUAGUUUUGUACGGAGACGUCGGAUGACAGCAGAAACACCCGGCGGAGACGCCGCAGUUGCUGGAGCUUCAGCAGGGGCAGAAAUACGAUGGCUCGGGGGAAGGCUCCUGGGAGUUUCGGAAGGAAUAAUUGGAAGUUUGUCACCUCGGAUCGGAGCAGAGUCAGAACUCCAUGCCAUGCAACUUUAUGGUCCCCAACCAGAAGCGUGCGAGAGCUUGGAACCAGACUAUGAAGGACUACCGCAGGGUGCUUCUACUAGCACUCACAUGUUAGCUGGUGCUGUUGCUGGGAUUAUGGAGCAUUGCCUGAUGUUCCCCAUUGAUUGCGUCAAGACACGGAUGCAGAGCCUGCAGCCAGACCCAGCCGCUCGCUACCGUAACGUGAUGGAGGCGCUUUGGCGUAUCGUAAGGACAGAGGGCAUCUGGAGACCCAUCCGCGGCCUCAACGCCACAGCUGUGGGGGCGGGGCCGGCUCACGCGCUCUACUUCGCCUGUUACGAGAAGCUAAAAAAGACCCUGAGCGAUGUCAUCCACCCAGGAGCUAACAGUCAUGUGGCGAAUGGAACUGCAGGAUGCGUGGCAACGCUGCUUCACGACGCUGCUAUGAACCCAGCAGAAGUGGUCAAGCAGCGGAUGCAAAUGUAUAACUCGCCGUACCGCGGCGUUCUGGACUGUGUUCGCGCCGUGUGGCAGAAGGAAGGCGCCGGAGCGUUCUACCGCAGCUACACCACGCAGCUCACCAUGAACGUGCCCUUCCAGGCUCUCCACUUCAUGACCUACGAGUACCUGCAGGAGCUCAUCAACCCCCAGAGACAUUACAACCCCUCCUCCCACAUGGUGUCGGGCGCGUUGGCGGGAGCGAUCGCCGCCGCCGCCACCACCCCGCUGGACGUUUGCAAGACGCUGCUGAACACGCAGGAGUCGCUGGCCUUGAGUUCGCUCGGCCAGGGCCGCGGGGGAGGGGCGGGACACAUCUCCGGCCUCGCCCACGCCUUCAGGACGGUUUACAGGCUGGGCGGGGUUCCCGCCUACUUCAAAGGCGUCCAGGCGCGCGUCAUCUACCAAAUGCCCUCGACCGCCAUCAGCUGGUCCGUCUACGAGUUCUUCAAGUACGUCAUCACCAAGCACCAGCACGAGAAACGCCGCGCCCACAGGGAUGGCGAGAAGUAGCGGCCGACGCUCGCGCUCUCGUUCGGUCCCCGUCGCCGGAGCUGCGGCACCCCGGGUUCUCGCUUCAUCUCUUCUGUGUACUCCCUCGUUCACUGUAACAUGAGCAGACAGCCAGCGCUAUAGAGAGGCAGAAAGAAUGAAUGAUUAACGCACAUAGAGAAUCCCCCCCAAACCCCCCUCCCCCCACUACCACGUUUCACUACCAAAAGUUCAGUUUGCUUCUUAUGGAGAUAAGUUAAAAGAAAACAAAGAUUUCCAUGUAUGGCUCAGCAGAAAAGCCCAGUCAAUACACUGUGUUAGGCAGUCUAAAUCUUGGCAUUGUCUAGGCAUUGUCGGUGGUUAUUUUUGCACUUCCAUGUGUAGGAUCACUAAGUUUUAUUUUUUUUUAAUGUAAUUCUGACUGAAGACCACUAGGAGGCAUCAAAGCCCUCUUUAGAGAGGAGAGAGAAAAAAGGGACGAGGUCAAAAACAACGAAAAAGGUGGGGAGGUGUUUCUUUUAAGUGGAUGGCAAUUUAUAUUUCCAGUACCUGGAAAUACAGAUUUUGCAAGUUUCACUUUUUGGAACAUUCUCAUCCCAGUAUGUGAAAGAGGAAGGCUGUUUGAAUUGACAUAAUACGGUGAUGACAAUUUCAGAGGAAACCAGAUCAAAUUUUAUUUGGACCCAUAGACCUUUGUAUUAAUUUAUUACAACCAUCUGCUGAAUUGUGUUCAGAGGAAAAUUAUUAUGACUUUUUUUUUUUAUUAUUAUUUGUUUGUUUUUUGCAUUUCCAUUAUAUCAGCCCUCAUCCCUGAUGGAAAAUUCACUGAUCUAGAAAGUAUAUAUUGAAGCAUAUUUGUAUAUUUGUUUUGCUUAAUUGCCUAGAAUUUGAAUCAGAUAUCUGUCAUGUUGAGAUCUGAUUAUCGAUCAAUAAAUAAACAAACAAACUCCCUAGGAAAAAUUGACCCUGGAUAACUAUAAAGGAAAUGUUAUGAGGUGAAUGUUUGAGUUGGUCUGAAUUUGCAGGAUAAUUUAUGGAGUUAUUAUGCUUGGAGAACAAAUGAUACAAUAUUGCAGGAAAUAUACAUGGAUUUUGUUUUGCUCUUAAAAAAUUUUUUUUGCCCUCCUCAAAAUGGUUGUCAGUCCUUCGUAAUGUCAUGGAGUACAGAAUUGUAACAGCUUGAAUCACUGAACCCACAAUGUUUAGAAUAUUUCAUCCAAUAAACUUGACUGCAUUUAUUUCCAUCAAAAUGGUCAAA